AUGAGCAAUCAAGAUAGUUAAGACAAGUCGUACGAGUUCAAGAUUGAUUCUGAUCUGCCGAAAUUUUAAAAUUUGCCGAUGAACGAAUAUUAUCAAAUGGAAUUCAAAUAGGCGUUACAGAGUGGAUUGAGGGAGAUUGCAAUUUAAAAGUAUGGAUAUUAAGUGAAUAUGUUAAGGCCAUAAAAUGCAGUUAGAUUUUUGGGCGAGUAUCUUCUGUCGUACAAAAGUAAGAAGUGA